AUGCCUUCACGUCGAAGCGGUGGGGGUGGAGGAGGCACCACACGACGCAAACACUCGCUUGGAAAUCUGCGACGAGCACAUCCUGCCUCUGGAGCAACAUUUAAUGUUCAAGUGGUUCGUGGAAAGAUGUCGUCCAAGUGCUUGUGGCACGCCUGUCGCGCGCUCAUGCUAGGAUUGACGCUAAUGCUGCUGGGCGUUGGGAUGGCGACUCUGGGCUACUAUGCGGAGCACUUGUCAGUGGGCUCGGAGCUCCGGGAAAAUGUGACAGUGCGCGUGAAGAAUGAUUUGAAGGGAUUCCAUCUGAACAACUUUUCAUAUGUAGGACCCAUUGUCAUGGGAUUUGGUGGCUUCAUAGUAGUUGCUUCGUGUGUGAUGACCUUUGAGGCUCGCGACUCGGCGGCAAAGGUGGUACCUGCGCGUCUUCGUGGUGCUGCCGCCGGCAACAACAAGACGAAUUCUCGUAGCAAUCAAGGAAGCUCCGCAUCGCAGAGACGCGGAAUGGGCGCACAGUAUCAGUCAUCGCGCUGGGAUCAGCAAUUUGGUGUUUUUCGGUCAUCACCUGGAGAUGCGCACCAACAACAACAUCCUGGCGGCGCCAGUGGACCACAUCAGCAACCCUUUGAUAGGGAGGCGCUAACUGCUGAGCUUGUCAAGUUCUCCAAGUCCCUCAGCAGCGUCCGCCGUGUUCGUCAAACGCGCGGAGGGACCGGUUCCGGAUCUACCCGCAUUAUUAGCAAUUCUUCUAGUUUGAUUCAAAGAGCUACACGGGAACAUGCGACCUGUUCUCUUCUCCAGCCACCGUCGGCGAAUCGCGUCUACUGGCAAGCUUCUUCCUUUGACGGAAGUGGUGCUGUGAGCAGCGGCAUGGUAGGAAACGGCAUCACUGGAAGCGAAAAACGAGCCGAGCGCAACAAGCGCUCGGACACAGCCAAGCGACACGUUCUGGCCCGCCAGCGUCCCAUUGAGUCUCCUUUAGGACAAAGGCGUAACUCGACCAUGUCAGACUCCUCAUAUAGUGGUCGCUGGACGGCACGUUGUGCAUCCUUAGCCAGUCGCACCUCUAGCAUUGAUUCGCGUCGUGUACAAGUUGAUCUACAUAGUCCAGAAAUCAUACCAAAGUCAAUACUACGCUCACCAAAGCGCUAUAACUGCGCACCCUCCGCCACACCGUCGGUGGAGAAGGAGUUUCGCAGUCAGCUCUCCGUGUGUUCUGAGCCACCACCACCGGUACGACAACUCUCAGGUCAGUCCAGUAUGGAACCUUCCGUGCCGGAGGAGAGUAUUGAACUGCUCGAAGAACGUACAGGCCCAGGUGUACAGUCCAAUAGUGAAACUGAACUGCCCACGGACGCUCUAAGCAUCUCCCAUGAUGCCACCUACCGUGAGAUUCCAGAAUUGCCACAGCAUGCAAAUAUCCUCCCACCGAAAAAAACGCGCCCGGACUCGCUGCCUCUGGCCAAGUCCAAUAUAAAACAGUCUCAGUCCCAGCCACAAAAGCCACCUGCUGCACUUCCUUUAUAUCGCAGCAAUAGCUCUCGCCAGUUCUAUCGACCGAAACCAGGCGUGAGUAAGGAGUGCGAUGAUUCCAUUUUCUACAUACGAUCCAUCGAGCGAGGGGCAAGUUCGGCAAGUGCUGAUGAUCAGAUGUACGAUUCACUCAAAGUUAUUAAUGAAAGGCGGUCUACGUUGCUGAAAGCAGAUUCGCAAAGCUCGUUGGGAUCAGCAGAGCGUAAGCUUAGCAGUUUUUCGCUGAAGAUGCCAGAGAUAACGGAACGAGAGAACUCAAUAGAUGUAGAUGAGCCACCAGUCCGUGCAACAGAGGAGCAUACCGUGCUUCAAAUGGAGACCGAAACGCCACCAUAGCGAUAAGUCUUAAGUCUAUUUCAGAUCCUGCACCUGGCUCUUCAAUUGAAACUAUUUCAUCAAUUGACUUACUUAUAUUUCUGUUUGAUUCCGUUUAAUUGUUCAGAAG